AUGUGGCAGUCAGAGGAGACUGCAGACCAUCUGCUCUAUGACUGCACAGCUCUGAACGAGGAGUGUAACCUGGAGAGUAGCCUGGAGUGUAACCUGCAGUGUAACCUGGAGGGUAAUCUGGAGUGUAGCCUGGAGUGUAACCUGGAGGGUAGCCUAGAGUGUAACCUGGAGGGUAGCCUAGAGUGUAACCUGCAGUGUAACCUGGAGUGUAACCUGGAGUGUAGCCUGGAGGGUAACCUGGAGGAUAGCCUAGAGUGUAACCUGGAGGGUAGCCUAGAGUGUAACCUGCAGUGUAACCUGGAGUGUAACCUGGAGGGUAAUCUGGAGAGUAGCCUGGAGUGUAACCUGGAGGGUAGCCUAGAGUGUAACCUGCAGUGUAACCUGGAGGGUAAUCUGGAGAUUAGCCUGGAGUGUAACCUGGAGGGUAGCCUAGAGUGUAACCUGCAGUGUAACCUGGAGGGUAAUCUGGAGAGUAGCCUGGAGUGUAACCUGGAGGGUAGCCUAGAGUGUAACCUGCAGUGUAACCUGGAGGGUAAUCUGGAGUGUAACCUGCAAUGUAACCUGGAGGGUAAUCUGGAGUGUAACCUGCAAUGUAACCUGGAGGGUAAUCUGGAGUGUAACCUGGAGGGUAAUCAGGAGUGUAACCUGGUGGGUAACCUGGAGUGUGACCUGGAGUAUAACCUGGAGUGUGACCUGGAGUAUAACCUGGAGUGUAAUCUGGAGUGUAACCUGGAGUAUAACCUGGAGUAUAACCUGGAGUACAAUCUGGAGUGUAAUCUGGAGUGUAACCUGGAGUAUAACCUGGAGUAUAAUCUGGAGUGUAAUCUGGAGUGUAACCUGGAGUAUAAACUGGAGUUUAAUCUGGAGUAUAACCUGGACUAUAAACUGGAGUAUAACCUGGAGUAUAAUCUGGAGUGUAAUCUGGAGUAUAACCUGGAGUACAACCUGGAGAAUAACCUGGAGUAUAACCUGGAGUAUAAUCUGGAAUGUAAUCUGGAGUAUAACCUGGAGUAUAAUCUGGAGUAUAAUUUGGAGUGUAACCUGGAGUAUAACCUGGAGUAUAACCUGGAAUGUAAUCUGGAGUAUAUCCUGGAGUACAACCUGGAGAAUAACCUGGAGUAUAACCUGGAGUAUAAUCUGGAAUGUAAUCUGGAGUAUAACCUGGAGUACAACCUGGAGAAUAACCUGGAGUAUAACCUGGAGUAUAAUCUGGAAUGUAAUCUGGAGUAUAACCUGGAGUAUAACCUGGAAUGUAAUCUGGAGUAUAAACUGGAGUACAACCUGGAGAAUAACCUGGAGUAUAACCUGGAGUAUAAUCUGGAAUGUAACCUGGAGUAUAACCUGGAGUAUAAUCUGGAGUAUAAUCUGGAGUGUUAUCUGGAGGGUUAA